AUGGCUGUGCGCGAAGCAAUUUCGAUACACCAGUUUGUAUUGCAUGGAAGCAUGAGCGAUGCAUCGAUGAUCGACGAAGGCGGAGACAGCCUCGAUGCACGCCCGAUGGGACAACGGGGCGCCCUGGACACCUUCGAUACUCACAAGGCGCAGCUGCGAACGAGCUUUGCCCCGGGCGCACGCACAUUAACAGCCCAGCACAAUACCUUCACAUCCACCCACCCACAUUCUGCAUCCGCAGUGCUCAGCGUCAUGGGCGUCGUAACAUCAGUGGUCACUGCCGUGACCGGGCUCAUUGGGACUGUAGUCGGUCUCAUCGACGGAAUCAGGGCCAGCUCUGCGGCCGGGAGAAUCGGCCCGAACCCCGUAUUGCGUGAGCUACAGGAACGCGCGAGGCGGCAGCAAGAGCAGGCAGAGCAAGCAGACAGGGCACGACGGCGCGCCGAAGAAGAGCUUGCGUGGGCGCGAGAGCAGCAGCGUGCCGCGCAGGCGAGGGCCGCGGAGCAGACGCAAAGAGCGGCAGACGAGCGCGCCCGCGCAGAGGAGGCGAUGAGGCGAGCCCAGGAGGAAGCCGAGCGGGCUGACGAGCUUAGGCGGAGGAUCGAAGAAGAGACCUGGCGUACUGAGGAGCAGUGCAGCCAGGCGGACGAGGCAAGACAGACCGCCGAGGCUGCGAGAACGAGGGCGGAACAGCGUGCGAGGCAAUUAAGGAAGGACAAGCUUCGCGCUGACGAAUCCCGAAAGAAAGCGGAGGAGAAUGCAAACAGGGCCGAGGAGGAGGCGAGGAAAGCAGAAGAGCAAAGGAGGAGAGCUGACGAGGAGAGGAAAUGCUCAGAUCAAGCCAAGGGCGCGGCGGAGGAGCAGUGCAGGAGAGCCGAAGAAGCCAGGGUUCGCAGUGAGGCAGAGCGUGCAAGGGCGGAUGCAGAGGCACGCAAAGCUAUGCUUGAGAGGCAGAGGGCACAAGCAGCGGAGGCACAGGCUCGCAAGGCAAUGGAGGAGGCGGAGGCCGCUCGCAAGGAAGCGGAGAAAGCCCUCAGGGAGGGUAUCAAGCCGAUCAUCAUUCCGACAUCGCAGGAGUUCGAGGCGACACAGAGACGGCUUCAGUACAGGGAGGGCAUGUUCCACUUCGCCAUCGCCGGGGUCGCGGGAAGCGGAAAGUCGUCGCUCAUCAACGCUUUCCGCGGCCUGCGGAACAGCGACAGGAGUUCCCUCGUCGCGCGCACCGGGGUGGUGGAGACCACCAACAAGAUCACUCGCUUCGCGGAUCCCAACCCGGCGAACCCGUUCGUCUGGUAUGACAUCCCUGGCGCAGGCACGCUGAACGUUCCAGACUGGGUGUACUUCAACGAGCAGGGGCUGUAUGCAUUCGACUGCAUCAUCGUCCUGACCGACAACCGCUUCAUGCAAACGGACGAGGCGAUCCUUCGGAACUGCGCGCGCUUCAAGAUCCCGGCCUAUAUCGUGCGCUCCAAAUCCCGACAACACAUACAAAAUGUCUUGAACGACAUGCCGUACGAUGAGGACGAGGGAGAGGACGAUGUUGUGCGUAUAGCGAAAGCGCGCAGAACGUAUAUGCGUGAAACGCGCGAGAGUAUCGCCAGGAAUCUGGGACACGCGAACUUGCCACAUCAGCGAGUCUACAUGGUCGAUAAGGAGUACCUCGUACAGGUCUCCCAGGGGAAGCAUCCAAAGGACGUCCUUGACGAGUGGGAUCUCCUGAAGGACCUGCUUUCAGAAGCAAGUGCCCGGCGAGUCAGAAUGGUCCUCAGUAAUCAGAAACGCCACAUCACCUUUACUUCCCCUUCAGCUCGACCACAAGAGCACCGCCGCCAUCGCAACGCAGAUUUCAUGGGAGCAGGUAUCGGACGACUCCUCUGGUGCGGCCUACUCUACGUGACCGUCGGGGUCAUCCUCGAACAGUUGAAGGGAGCCCGCGAUGAAGGAAGGAUCGGUCCCAAUCCGACAACCGAGAGGCUCGAGAAACGGAAGGACACCACGCAAGGCGAGGCCAAGGCUACAGACGACGCAAGCAACGCAGCAGGAAACGAGACUCGCCAAAUGAACGACGGUCGACGCGAGCUCCAGGAGCGUCUGAGACAGAAACUAGAGGAACGGAGGGACGGACCUACACGCGUGGAGAGGCAAGCCAGCAGCAGCAGUGGAAUAUGGGACGGGAGAAACAUACACUCCCCGACGCGAGACGAUGUCGAACAAGCCAAAAGGCGGUUGCAGUAUCAGGACGGACAAUUCCAUUUCGCGGUUACUGGUAUCGCUGGUAGCGGCAAGUCAUCGCUCAUCAACGCUCUUCGUGGGCUGCACAAUGGCGCGCACGGCGCGGAGGUCGCCCCGACUGGCGUCACCGAGACGACGCACACCAUCGCGCGCUAUCCCGACGCUGCCAGACCCUUCAUAUGGUACGACGUUCCUGGAGCGGGCACUCUCAGCAUACCAGAGUGGUCGUACUUCGACAGCCAGGGCCUGUAUAUCUUCGACUGCAUCGUCGUCGUCGUAGACAGCCGCUUUACCGCGACAGACGUGGCGAUCCUGCGCAAUUGUGCACGCUUCGACAUCCCAUCCUACAUCGUACGAUCCAAAUCGCUGCAGCACAUCGCAAAUAUCUUGAUCGACAUGCCGCAUGACGCGUCCAUGCCCCGAGAUGAAGCUGGCCGUAGGGAGACCGCAAAGAGGAGAUACACAUCCGAGACGCGCGAGAGCGUCACACGAAACCUGGAGAGGGCCGGACUGCCCCAGCAGCGGGUGUAUAUCGUGGAUAAGGAGACCCUCAUGCAGAUAACAAACGAGAAAAGCCCACGAGUUGUUCUCGAUGAGUUGGAGCUGUUGAGAGACUUACUCACAGAGGCGCAACGACGCAGGAAUGAGAAGCACCGCUGGGCGCGAUCUUCCAACCUACCAGUCGACACGUUGCGACUAUCUCCAGAUCUGUCUGAGCUUAUUCAUUUGGGUCGACUGCCAUACGGCGGUGAAGAUGAGGUGCUGCCGAGCUAUGCAAACUAUCCUUUCGCAAGCAUGAGUCUAAUCAUCGCCCUGGCCGCGAUACCAAUUAUCGACGGUAUUCUAGGAUUAAUCCAAGGCUUUCAAAAUGAUGCCAGGUCAGGCAGAAUUGCCUCGAACCCUGUCAUGAAGGAGUUGGAAAGGCGCAUGGAAGAGGAGCGGCGCAGAGCAGAUGAAGCAGAUGAAGAGCGGCAGAGGGCUGAAGAACGACGAAAAGAAGCAGAAGAAGCGAGCGCAAGAGCCGCUGAAGACGCGAGGAGGGCCGAAGAGGACAGGAGGCAUGCGGAAGAGGCGAGAGCGCGCGCUGAAGAAGAAGCAAAGCGGGCCGAGGCGAACAGACGAAGAGCGGAAGAAGAACAUAAACGGCUGAUGAGCAGCGAAGAACGGCGGAAGACGAAAGGCGCGCAGCAGAGCAAGAAAGGCAGAGGGCAGAAGAGACUGCGCGGCGCGGCGGAAGGCGAUGCGCGCCGCGCGGACGAGGAAAAGCGACGAGCCGAGGAGCAGAGGCUGAGAGCGGAAGAGGACAAGAGGGUUGCCGACCAGGCGAAGGCUGCCGCAGAGGAACAACGCAGGCGUGCAGAGGAAGACAAGCAACGCAGCGAGGCUCAACGCGCAAAAGCAGACGAAGAGGCCAAGCAAGCUAAAGCCGGACAGGAGAAGCCAGAGGCAGCCAGAGCAGCGGCCGAUGAAGCGGCAGCUGAAGCCAAGGCAAGGGCGGAGGAGGCACAGAAGGCGCUGCGAGAGGGCAUCAAGCCCGUCAUCAUGCCGACGCGCGAGGAAUACGAGGCGACGAGAAAGCGUCUACAGUACAAGGACGGCAUAUUCCACUUCGCCAUCGCCGGUAUCUCUGGCAGCGGCAAGUCAUCGCUCAUCAACGCCUUCCGCGGUCUCCGCAACGGCUCCCGUGGUUCGCUCGUCGCGAAGACGGGUGUCACUGAGACCACCAGUAAAAUCGCACGCUAUGCCGACCCCAACAAGGCCAAUCCCUUCGUCUGGUAUGACGUUCCUGGCGCAGGGACGCUCAGCAUACCCGACUGGGUCUACUUCAACCAGCAAGGCUUGUACAUCUUCGACUGCAUCAUCGUCCUCACCGAUAACCGCUUCACGCAGACAGACGAGGCGAUCCUUCGAAAUUGCGCGCGAUUCCAGAUACCCUCGUACAUCGUGCGCUCAAAAUCUUUGCAACACAUACAGAACGUCCUGGACGACAUGCCAUAUGAUGAGGACGCAGACGAGGUUGAAGGCGCACGCAAAGAUAAGGCGAUCAAGCAAUAUGUCGCCGAAACGAGAGACAGCGUCGCCCAGAACCUUGAGAAGGCUGGACUGCCGCAGCAGCGGGUCUACGUUGUGGACAAGGAAUUGCUCGUCCUCAUUGCAAACGGCAAGGUGCCGGAAAGUCUUCUGGACGAGUUGGAUUUGAUGAGCGAUCUCCUUGAGGAAGCGCGGAGACGGAGGGUGAGGGGUCUAGAGUCGCCAGAUCCCGUGGCACCUUCAUCUUCUACGGCCUGGCGGACCACAAACUUCUGCGCAGCGCUAUAUACGAUAAUGGUGGUUGAUGGCCGUUGUGUUGCAUUCUUCCGCACAGUACCUGUGCACUACGGCGACGAGCUGCGAAUCCCGCAAACAUCCAUGGGUGUGCGAGCCUCGGUAGUCAACGCCGUCGGCGUGCUCGUCACCGCCGUCACAGGGCUCAUCCAUGCCUUACGCGCGGACGCAGCAUCCGGCUCUGUGGGCAGAAACCCUGUCAUGGAAGAGCUAGAAGGGCGCAUGCGCCAGGCACAGCGGAGGGCCGACGAAGCUGAGCGCGAUCGUGCCGCGGCCGAGGAAGAGAGGGCGAGAGCGGAGGAAAAUGCCAGGCGAGCUGAAGAGGCGCGAGAGCGUGCAGAGGAAGACGCUAGGCAGGCGCGAGAGCAAAGGCAAGGUGCGGAAGAGGCAAGAAGGAAGGCCGAGGACGACGCGCAGAGAGCGUACGAUGACAUGAGGAGAGCGGAAGAAGAAAGAAGGCAUGCAGAGGAGGCCAGGAGGCGCGCGGACGAGGCUACGCAGGUGGAGGAUGUGGAGCGCAGGAAGACGGAGGACGAGCAGACUCAAGUCGAUGGAGAACGACGCAAGUCUGAGGAGGACGCUGUCGAGGCCAAGCGGGUGACGCAGGAGGCCGAGCAGGGCAUUUUAGCGGCAGACAGGCGGAGGGCGGAAGCCUACGCAGGCCUCGAGCGCGCGAAGAAAGCUCUCAAGGAGCGCAUCAAUCCUGUGAUCAUGCCCACUGAGGUCGAGUACACCGCGACCAAGGAGCGGCUCCAGUACACCGAAGGCUUCUUCCACUUUGCGGUCACCGGCAUCUCCGGGAGCGGCAAGUCGUCGCUGAUCAACGCGUUUCGCGGCUUGCAGAACAGCUCACGCGAUCCCCGCGUCGCGCGCACUGGCAUUGUCGAGACAACAAGCGAGAUUGUGCGGUAUACCGAUACGAACACGGCGAAUCCCUUCCUGUGGUACGAUGUCCCGGGAGCGGGAACGCUGGACGUGCCCGACUGGAACUACUUCAACACCCAGGGCUUGUAUGUGUUCGACUGCAUCAUCGUGCUGAUCGACACGCGCUUCACCCAGACCGACGAAGCGAUCCUGCGCAACUGCGCGCGGUUCCAGAUCCCGACCUAUAUUGUGCGCUCCAAGUCAAAGCAGCACAUACAAAAUGUCCUGGAUGAUUUGCCGGAGGACGACGGUGAUGAUGAGGAUGGUGAGGACGAUGCAAGGAUGGAGAAGGCGAUGGAAAAGUACAUUGCCGAGACGCAAGACAGUGUCGCGAAGAACCUUGCCCGCGCUAAGUUACCCCAGCAGAAGGUGUACAUGGUUGACAAGGACUUCAUGGUGCAGGUCGUGAAGGGGAAGCAGCCGAAGGACUUCUUGGAUGAAUGGGAGCUGCUGAAGGACUUGCUGGCAGAGGCCCGAAUUAGGAGGGUGAAGCCUUCCGGCAGCACUCAAGACUAG